CAGAUUUUUAAAACAUUUGUUUAAAGUGUUAUUUCUGUAAGAAAAAAAGACACCGGCGACUUCAUAGUAUCAUUCAGACAAGAACACAAAACCGAAUACUCAAAACACACAGCACAGGGCACAUCUGCACACUGCAAAUGGAUCCUCUAACGGCUCUCCGGGAGAUGACGAUGAGAAACGAGCUCGACAAAAUCGUCCGAUUCGACAACGAGUACCGAUUCGGCUCUUCCUACUCGUUCCCCUGCACAAUCGAAACGGCCUACAGAUCAAAACAAGGUAAUCUCUACACUCUCGAAACCCUAGUUUACUUCAUUAAGAAUGUCAACAUCAAGCACCACGAUUACAUCCGUUACGCCGGCACACAGAAGAUCCCUGCCGUCACUCUCCUCGAUCGCAAACCCUUAAUUGAGUACCUGCAAGGUAGAAUUUCAUCCACCGACGCUAUCGAGUUCCUCCCGCCUCCACCUCAACAUCAAAACUUCGAGAAUCAUGAUUACCGUAUUGGCGAUUACCCUAAUUUAAACGUGGUACCUGGUGACGAAUUGGAUGUUGAUAAUCAGGAACCUAGGGUUGCGGCUCUCGAAAACCCUAUGGACAUGCUUAGAGCAAUCGAAAGACCAUUGAAGGAUCGUGAAACGAUAUUGGAGUGUAGACAUAGGGAUUUCUACAGCGUGCUUACAGCUGCAACAAAGAGAGACGAGGAAAGACAGAGAUUAGAAUCGCAACAGAGGAAAGAUGGUCUGGUAGCUAAGAACAGGAUCGAUAGAGGAUUUGGAGAGGAUUUAGGGUUAGGGUUAGACGGAACUCCAAGGCCAAAAAUGAAGGGGAGCAAGAUUGGUGAUGGGGUCCCGAUUAUAUUGGUUCCAAGUGCUUCACAGACACUGAUCACUAUCUAUAACGUGAAAGAAUUUUUAGAAGAUGGAGUGUUUAUACCUACUGAUGUGAAGAUGAAGCAGAUGAAGGGGCCAAAACCAGAAUGUGUAACAGUUUUGAAGAAGUUUAGCAGUAGGGAUAGAGUAGUGACAGCUUAUGAGGUAAGGGAUAAACCUUCUGCAUUGAAAGCUGAAGAAUGGGGUCGAGUAGUGGCUGUUUUCGUGUUAGGGAAAGAGUGGCAGUUUAAAGAUUGGCCUUUCAAAGAUCAUGUUGAGAUCUUCAACAAAAUUCUUGGAUUUUACAUGCGUUUUGAGGAUGAUAGUGUUGAGUCUGCAAAGAUUGUAAAGCAAUGGAAUGUGAAAAUCAUAUCGAUAAGCAAGAACAAGAGGCAUCAGGAUAGAGCUGCUGCACUUGAUGUUUGGGACAGAUUAGAAGAAUUUAUUACCCCCUUUUACUUUUCACAAAACCUAUCUAAAAACCAAACCUUCUUAUAUCGUUCUCUAAUUUUUGCUGCCGACGACGUUCGUAUUCUCCAUAUCGAUCUCACGACUGCUGCGUCUUCUCCAUCUCUUGCGCCUAUAACAUCUGAACUUAUAUCAACACAGGCAAUAUGCAGGCUAGUGACAGGGCAUGCAGACAUGAACAGAUUUGAAUGGGCUGUUAAUAUCCAAAGAGACAGCUAUGCAUCAUAUGUUGGGCAUUAUCCAAUGCUUGGAUACUUUGCAAUAGCAGAAAAUGAAUCAAUUGGAAGAGAACGCUACAAUUUUAUGCAGAAAAUGUUGUUGCCAUGUGGUCUUCCACCAGAAAGAGAAGAUGAAUAAGGGCAUUUAAUUCUUCAUGGGAGAUUUAUAGUUGUUUAUGAAAAACUUUUGUAGUAUCAACUAUCAACUUGAUGUAUGUUUUAUAUGAUUCAAGUCAUGUAUUUAGUGAUGAACAUUAAUCUUUGUUUUUUAUGUUGGGAAUAAGCUUAUUUUUUGAAACAACAAAUUUUGGCACAAGUUUAUUUGUUAAAUGUACCCAACAAUAUUGGUAGUUUAAAUCGAGCUCCUAUGCUUUUAGCAGUUGAAUAUCAU